CAAGAGAAAUGGUGUGUCAGGGAAGUGUCAGCAGGAAACUGGUGCGGGAUUUGUCGUAUUGGUUCGCGAACUGGGGCAUCAACCUCUAGGACAGCUUCGCCCAUUCAAACAGCCGUGGCAGCAGAUUGUGGCUCAGGAGAACUAAAGCCCCGCUGGGAAGGAGGCUCCGGGAUACCGUUGCUGGAAAUGGUUCUGCAGCAGCAUGAACUUUGCAAAGCGAAGGAAACGGACGUGCGCUUGUUUGGGGGUUUUUCCCACAACGAGGCCCGUCCCGCAGAGGUUCGCAUGGCUGCCAUGGACACCGGGGCGCCGCCUUCAGUUCGGUGGGGGAGGCGCCGCUCGCCGGCGGGAGCACCGCCUCCUUCCCCGGCCGCCUCGUCGGGGCAGAGCCGGCUUGGGCGCCGCCGAGGGCCCUUUCCCCCGCUUCACCCCCGUUGCGCCACCAGAUGGCACCCGCGGGGCUUUCUUGGUAGACGGAGGGCAGGACCCCCCCGCCCGCGAUCGUGACAGCCGGCCUGAGGAGGGGGACGAGCCUCCCCGCGCGCUCGGAAAGCCGCCGAAAACGAGCGAAAAAGGAGCAGACGAGCCGGGGGGGACGCGUCGGGACGCUGCGCUGCUGCCCUCGCCGCCUGCCAGCGACGGAGCGCGCGGGGGUCGCCCAGGAAACGGGCUCUUUAGCGCGCGGGGGGACGGAUCGGCUGCGCGCCUGGAGCCGCGGGAUGGCGCUGCGGGAGCCGGCCGCGCAGUGACGGAGCCUCGGGGGGAGCGCGCCGGCCGCCGUCCCCUUGGAGCCGGCAGGAUGGCCGCCGCAGAGCCGAGCCUUCUCCGACGGGGCUGGGCGACGGGGCUGGUCGUGGCCGCCGUCCUGGUGGCCUGCGAGGGGCACAGCGGGCCGCGAGAGGACGGCGGCUCCGCUUGCUACGGGGGCUUCGACUUGUACUUCAUCUUGGACAAAUCUGGAAGUGUCCUGCACCAUUGGAAUGAAAUCUACCAGUUUGUGGAACAUCUGGCCCACAAAUUUAUAAGCCCCCAGCUGAGGAUGUCCUUCAUUGUUUUCUCAACCAGUGGCUCAACACUCAUGAGACUUACUGAAGACAGGGAGCAGAUACGUCAAGGCUUGGAGGAGCUUCAGAAAGUCCUGCCGGGAGGAGACACUUACAUGCAUGAAGGAUUUGAAAGGGCAAGUGAGCAAAUUUACCAUGAAAACGUUCAAGGGUAUAGGACAGCGAGUGUCAUCAUUGCGCUGACUGACGGUGAACUUCAUGAGGAUCUUUUCUUCUAUGCAGAACGAGAGGCUAACCGAUCCCGUGACCUGGGGGCAACUGUAUACUGUGUUGGCGUGAAAGAUUUCAAUGAAACACAGCUGGCUCGAAUUGCUGACAGCAAAGAUCAUGUCUUCCCUGUGAAUGAUGGGUUUGAAGCUCUCCAAGGGAUCAUUGGCUCUAUUUUGAAGAAAUCAUGCAUUGAAAUUCUAGCUGCAGAACCUUCUAGUAUCUGUGCAGGAGAGUCGUUCCAAGUUGUCGUGACGGGCAAUGGCUUCCGGCACGCUCGCAAUGUUGACAGAGUCCUCUGCAGCUUUAGGAUCAACGAGACGGUCACUCUCAAUGAGAAACCAUUCAAGGUAGAGAACACCUACCUGCUGUGCCCGGCACCUGUUUUAGAAGAAGUUGGCAUGGAAGCAGCUCUUCAGGUCAGCAUGAACGAUGGCCUCAGCUUCAUCUCAAGCUCCGUCAUAAUCUCCAGCACACACUGUUCUGAUGGGACAAUCCUGGCAAUUGCUCUGCUGAUCCUGUUCCUUUUGCUGGCGCUGGCUCUCCUGUGGUGGUUCUGGCCUCUUUGCUGCACUGUGAUUAUUAAGGAGCCUCCUCCGCCCCCUAUGGAAGACAGCGAGGAAGAAGAUGACGAUGGGCUUCCCAAGAAGAAGUGGCCAACAGUGGAUGCUUCCUAUUAUGGUGGACGUGGUGUUGGGGGUAUUAAGCGAAUGGAGGUUCGCUGGGGAGAAAAAGGAUCCACUGAAGAAGGUGCCAAGUUGGAGAAGGCCAAGAACGCUCGAGUCAAGAUGCCAGACCAAGAGUACGAAUUCCCAGAGCCCAGGAAUCUUGGAAGCAGCAUGCGGAGGGCCUCUUCUCCUCAGAAGUGGUACUCUCCAAUUAAGGGAAAGCUGGAUGCCCUCUGGGUUUUGCUGAGGAAAGGUUACGACCGAGUAUCUGUGAUGCGACCACAACCAGGAGACAAGGGUCGCUGCAUCACUUUCACCAGAGUGAAGACUUCUCAGGCUCCACCAAAGUACCCGCUCAACAAUGCAUACCCUCCCCCAUCUGCACCCCCUGCCCCCAUCUACACCCCACCGCCUCCGAGCUCACCAACGCCUCCCACCCCAUCUCCGCCUUCCACACUCCCUCCACUCCCACCUCCUCCUCAUGCUCCUCCCCCAAAUCGGGCUCCACCCCCUUCCCGGCCCCCUCCUCGCCCUUCUGUUUAAAAGUCAGGCCUCUCUCCCCCAGAAACAUUUCUCAAGUCAUUCCCAGCAGGACUGUAUCAGUGGUAUUCCAGAGACGGCCUUAACAUUCUGGGUGAUGAGAUAAGCAAACCACUUUUAAUUUUUGCAAAACAAAAAAAAAAGUCCUAAAGCCUCAGGUGACUGGAAAGCAUUCAGUUCAGGAGGAGUCUUUGGCAUUCAUCACUUUAAAAGGAGAAAGAAAUGGCAGUCUUACAACACAAUCUGUCACCCGCCCGACAGUCCCAGAGAGCAGCAGUCUUUUCCUGUCAGGUUGCUUCCCAUUCAUGCAGAGAGCAGAUCAUCCCUAAGAUGAGUGGCAUCUCAGGCAGAGAAAGCAGCUGUGACCACAGAAAGCCAUCCCUAUGGCCCACGUCGAUAUUGCUGGUUUCCUCCUCUGACACGUGGAAGGAAUUUGUGUACGUCCCUGGAUUUGAUACAUUGCGACAAGGAAGGCGGGGGAUGCAGUUAACGAAAUACUGCUAUAUUAUAAUGAAGAACAGAUGACUGAAAGGAAAAGAUCGCUGGGAGUGGAGACUUCAGUGCUUCACCCUUUGAAAAAAGCAGCAUGAAAUGGAAAGGUCAGCCUUUGUUAUGUUCGGAAGGAGUCGAGAGAAGUGGCGCAAAUGCAGCAUGUGGCUAGAUGUGCUGGCCUUGCCCAUGUCUGUGACAUUUCCAAAACACACAUGUACAGGCACCAAGAAGUGGUUGAUGCAACUGAAAAGCACCGUCGAUAUGCCCGGCAGGAUCCUUUAGAACUGUGUGGCAGCUUAGGUGGUGGCUGGCUUAGCAAAACAGCUCAGCUCCCCAGUGGCAAGAAAGAACGGAAGGGAGGGGUGUUCGAUGCAAGCGGUUUUCCAGUGAGCAGAGAGAUUCAGUGAAAUGGCCUGAACUGCCAUUUAAAAGCAAUUAGACAACUUUUUCCUUUAGUAGUGCCUUUCAGAUUCUCACAUCCAUUUUUGCAUGUUGAUGUUUAGACUCUUUCAGUAGAUUUGUUCGUGCUGACCUGGUCUCAUGAAUGGUGCUGAUGCGUGUGUAGACUGAGCAAGAGUUACUACAUCCUGGUUUUUUCUAAGACAUGUUAAGUUGCACUCUUGAUAUGUGUUCAGAGUAUUUUGGAACUGAGAGUGAGAUGGACUCUGACCUGGGAGGCAUGGCUUGUGGGGCCGUGGGAAAAUCCCUCUUGGCCUCAGAGGCCGUCUCUAAAACAAGGGUCAUCUUCAUGUACGUAGCGGGAGGCAGCCAUUCUUGUCAAGGUGAACUGCAGGUUGUAAACACUUGCAAAUUAGAAGUGCUACCUGGAUGAUAAAUAGUGGGUUGGAAAUUGGUUCAGUACACGUGCAUGUCAUCUGAAAAAAACUUACCAUUUAUGACUCUUGCCUCCCAAUGCUUGUUUAAACACAGGAAAAACCCUAUGUGAUUUGUUUCCCUUUUCUAAGGGACAGUUCACACCAACACCGAGUGCCUCCCCACCAUUGGCAUUUCUGCACAUGUCCCCUCUAUCACUGAAGAUCAGUGCAAAAAUUCCUCAGUCCUGCAUGUGGGGAUGUUCCUGACUGGAUGGCUUCAGGCAGGAAGCACAUGUGGGAAGGAGCCCUAGUCAGUGGGAACUCAGGUUGUGCAUGCCAAAGGGCCAAGAUUCUUUGACAGCACCACCUGUUAAAGGCACCUGGGGGUUGCAGAACUGAGAAAGACCUCAGAGAGUUGCUCUUAGUCCCAAUAGAUAAUGCUAGGCUAGAUGGGCCAAUGGUCUGACUUAACUAUAAGGCAGUGUCAUAUAUGUCCAUGCACCCAAUGGAAACUGGCCUUGGUUAAGGGUGGGGAGUGCAACACUCUGGUGCUGGGGCAGUGCAAACAUGUACAGUGACACUGAGCCUCCCUAGAGAUGCACUGGUUGCAUUUCAUUCUUCUUUGCUCUUUAUAAAUGGGAGCUAACUCAAGUUUCCAGUCCUGCAUUUGUACACGUCAUAACCUGUAGUAGAAUGUCUGACAACCUGCCUUAGUAACAGAGGUGUUAGAAGUAGAUAAAGUAAUUGCAUCAUUAAGGGCAAACUUCUGUGCUCCACAAGUGAUUGUUAGGAUCAGUUGUCCACAAGGAAAACACUUCUUCUAAUGUUUGUCUUUUUAUAUAAGAGUUUUAAAAAUGAUUUUCAGCAUCCUAAAGUUGUUUAAAAUAGUGAGAGGUGUGAUGUAGCCAGCAUUUAGUGCUUCAAGCUGACAUUGAUUUCAUUUACUUUCAAAUGCUUAACCCUCUCUCAUUGGAAUUAAAAUCAAUGUAAUCUAAAAGUGCUCAACUUUGGCUACCUUGCACUCCCAAGUUGCAACCUUGCUAAGUGGGUGUUCAGGCAGGCAUAGAAGUCACCGUCAACAGUGCACAGAGAACUCUUUCACAUGUGUUUGCCCUUCGGUGCCCCAUUCAUUUUUAUGGUAGGUUGCGCAGAAGUAGUUUUGGGCAAGUGCAGCCAUAAGGUGGCCUUACAUAUGUAGGCUUGGUUAUUUGGAUGUUCUGAGAAUGCAAGGCAGCCCCAUAGGUUAUGUCUGGGCUGGGACACUUGGACUGUUACAGCAUGUGUUAGAAAAACAAGCCUGCCCUUGAUCUGCACAUCUACUAUGCAGUGUACAUUGACUUUCCCAGAGAGGGAACUUGCACGUCUGCACUGCCAGGAGAUGCAUUCACAUUUUCUCAAGGGGAGAUGUGUGAGACAGUUGAAUGGAUUUUUAAAGAAUUAGACAAACUCAUGGCAGACAAGUCAACCGAAAGCUAUCAGCCACGGUAGGUGAAUGGAAUGUCUAAGUUUGUAGGCAGAAGAGCACUAAGCAGCAGAUGCUGGGAACAAACUACUGGGCCAUUGAUCAUCUUCCUGGUCCUUCUUUUGAGCUUCCCAUGGCCAUUGUUGGAAACAGAAUACUGGGCUAUGUAGACCAAACACAGCAAUUCUACUGCUGUUCCCAGUUUUUUUUGCUGCAGGUUGCAAUGUUCAAAGCAACCAAAAGGCAACUUUCUAAGGUUGCAACUCAAACAACUAAUUAGUCCAACUGAAAAGAGCCAAAUCGGUGUCUCCGUGGCAGUGGUGCCAGCAGAGAUGCCCUGAGCUGAAGACAACCAGCACAGAGAGGUUGAACUGCCUCCCCUUCCCCGCCACAGCAACAGCUACUUUGUCUGCAGGCAGAACAAAGCAGCCUUCUGUAAGAGCAAAGGCACCACUUGGACACUGCCCGGUCACAAACCUCCCCAAAAAUAGCCUGGUUUGGUUUGCAGGUUGUGGCCAGUUCUGUCACAAGACUACUUUGAAGCCCUGGCACAAGAUGUAGCUGGCCACCUUUUAGCAAAGGUUGAACAUCGCCUAGCUGAGUAGAUGUUUAGCUUGCUUAGAGAUGGAGCGCUCAAUCUACUUGGAAGUUCUCUUGCACAAGCCUCAGAGAUGAGUUGGGAGAGGCACAACAGCACAACUUGUAACAGGUUUGCCAGAUAACUUCCCGAGAGAUUGUGCUUAGAAAGUAUAAAAUAAAUGGGAUAAUGUAAUAAAGUAAUUUGGGAGGAGGUCUGACACAUUACAGAUCUUUGAAAGUGUCCACCAAGUUUGGAAUGAAAAUGCUUUUAGAAAAUUUCAAUUCUUUUUUAGUAUUAAUUCAGCAGUAACUGGAGUUACAUCAGAGGUAGAAUAGAUGCAUUUUGACAGCCUCUGGUUUUAUAUGAUUCCCCAAUUCUAAAUGAAAAAGAUUUAAAAUCUGAGGAUGGAGGGAGGAGAGAAAAGAAUGAAAAAGUGUAAAUCAGGCCAAGGACGGUUUUUAAAAAAAAUAAGUACAGUAAAAUUCUCUGCACAAGUUAAAAGCAAUAUUCCAAAUCUGUGGUGUACAUAUUAUUGUGUGCUUGCCAUAUUUUAAGUGGAAGCAUUUCCUAUCCUGUGUGGAUAAAAGAUCUUUUUUUUUCAUGUUGUAGUAAAUUAUUAUAAAGCCAAUGAUAUUUCAUGGCAUGUUAUUGUAUCAAGCUGUGCUUGUUUUUGUUUUAAACCUCUCCCCUUUAUGGUUGUAUUCCCUUUAUUAAUGUAUGAAUAUUUCCUGUAAUGACGAAUGCCUGCUUUACAGAGCAUUAAUUGUAAUCACAAAGACUUUUGGGUAUAGUACUGUGUAUGCAUCUUAGUAGAAAAUCCUCAGAUCUCAUUGUACUGAAUAUUCCAAAACUAGCCAUUUCUAAAGAGAGUUCUUUACAUAACAAAAAGGAAAGCGAUGGAAGCAAAUGGGUGAUGGUGAUGAUGCACCUUCUGUAAGUUCUGGAAGAACAAAUCACAUUAUUUUAAAGACUCUCACCCCUUCAUAGGCACACAGAUUCAAACAGUUGAAUAAAUGUUGAUAAAUCGAUCAGAUCUUUCUAAACUACUAAGGUGGCCACCGAGAGCCAGUGUGGUGUAGUGGUUCAGUUGUUGGACUACAACCUGGGAGACCAGGGUUCGAAUCCCUACAGCCAUGAAGUGCACUGGGUGACCUUGGGCCAGUCACUGCAUCUCAGCCUCAUGAAAACCCUAUUCAUAGGGUCGCCAUAAGUCGGAAUCGACUUGAAGGCAGUACACAUUCAUUCAAGGGAAUCACUAGAAUCAUGUAUUAUUCCUAGAAAUAUCAAGACUCAGUAGCCCAGUCAUGUCAUAUCAUUAAUGGCGGCCAAUCUACAAUUCUUGGAUGACUCUGGAAGGAUGGAGAGAAGGGAAUGUUGGCAAUUGAUGGAGAGGAUGUAAGUCAGACAAGAGCUUUUUCUCUCUCUGUAGAUUUGGCUACCUUUGGCAGAUGACUGUUCAGCAAGCAGAAGAUUCUUAUUCUGUGCCCUUGGCUUGUUUGCAUGAAUCAUUUUUAGAUAACAGCCAUUAUUCUUUUCAAUUUUGAUGUUAUUAAAGAACUAAUUCGA